AUGUGUUUUUAUGUAAUCCACCUAUUUUUUCCACCAUUACAGCGAAGACAACCUGCAGCAUCAGCCUCCAACUCACACAACCCUGAAGAUUUUCUGAAGAGGUUGGCUAAGCUCAGGGAUAGCGAUAAAUUCGUGACCAAGUAUUCCAUGGAGCAUCCUUCGCAAUUCUUAGCGCUUGAGAUUCGCGAACUAAAAUCAGCAAAUGGUUUGCAUUUACCUGCGUUCCCAGGAAAAGAACCUUCACAAGUACCGGAUCUGUCAAAUGUAUCCCGCGCUCAUCUUCUGUCAUGCUUCCGAAUUAGUAUGCAACAUUUUGUACAAAAUCGUGCUGGAAUCACCAAAGUUAAUCACAUCGAUGAGGCUAAGAAUCUGGUUGCAGGAAUUCUGAUUCUUAGCGAUUCUCUUCUGAGAGCUGUUGAGCCAAAGAAGUUGUCCAAUGCGGUAAUUCAACGUUUUCAUCCGUCUCAAUGUGCUGAAGACAUACUUGAAGUGCUAGAUCGUUGCUCUUAUGAAGAGUUGGACAUCCGACACUGUGUGCUAGCUUGGGGACAUGACCUUAUUGCGUAUUUUCAGCAAAGUCCAAUUUUCGCUGCAGGACAAGCUAUGGCGUAG